AUGAAAAAAUAUACAUAUUUUUCUUCAAAUGAUCAAAGUCAGGAUGAAUUGUCUUUUCUUUUUCCAAAAAAACAGAAAAAAAGGAAAAGAAAUGAAAGAAUUAGAAAAACGUCAGUUAAAAAAGCUAAAAUAGAAGAAAUUCAUAAAAUUCAAGAGAAUAAAAGACAUCAUUUUGAAUCUGUAUCCCAAAAUAUAUCUAGUUCUUUGUUUAAUGAGGAAGAGGAUGAAUUGACUGGAAAUAAUGAUUUUAUAACCACAAAAACAUUUUCUAAUAAAAAGCAUGGUAAAAGAGAUUCAAGAAAACUUAUUGAAAUUUCGAAUAAACACAAAGCAAACCAUAAAGUUGAAAAUAUUUUUGAUGGAGUAUUUUCUAAAGCAAAGAAAAAAACAAUAAAAAAUACUACUUUUUUUCAAGAAUCAGAUCAAUUAGAAAAUAUUAAUAUUGAGGAAUGUAUAGAAGUUGAAUUAUCAGAAGAUGCAAAUAAAAGAAUGGAUAAUUUGGAUUUUUGGUAUGAUGAUGCUAAAAUUUCCAAUAAAGAACAGGAUCCUAUAGAUAUAUUUUCAGAUGAUCCAUUGACAUCACCUUUUGCAAAUACAUAUACGCUAUCUGUUAAAAAAGAACAUAAAAAGAGUCCUAAAUUGGAAGAUAGUAAAAAUUUAUCGAAAAAUUUUGAUGUUAUCAUAAAUUCUAAUGCUACAAAUUACAAUAACGAAAAUGAUUUAAAUUUAGUUAGUAAUAGAUUAAAUGACUCUUUUGAAGGAUUAUUUAAAGAAAAAAUCAAUUAUGAAUAUGAAAAAAAGCAGGAUAUUACGGAAAGUAAAUCAAUUUUCAAUAAUUUUAAAAGUCAUAUCUUAGAAAAGCUUACUGGAAGAAAAUAUGUACCAAUUAUUGGGCUCGAUUCAGAAUAUACAAAAUUACGCGAACUAUUAUAUCGAACUAUUAAUUCAGGUGAAAGUAACACUUGUUUAAUUAUUGGCCCUAAAUCUUCUGGAAAAUCUAAUAUUAUUGAUACAGCAAUUGAUAGUCUUAGUGAGUUUUCCUCUUAUUUUUUUGUUGUACGAUUAAAUGGCAUAAUACAAACUGAUGACAGACUUGCAUUAAAAGAAAUUGCAAGACAAUUAAAUGUAAAGAUGAACUUGGAUGAUAAAGAAAAUACAACAUCUAGUUUUUCUGAUAAUUUAUUUAAAAUUUUAGCUAUUUUAUCACAUCCUAAAGAACUUGAUCUUGUAAAUGAUAACAAAACGUCAGAAGAGUUUGACUCAUCUUACAAUCCUUUAUCCCCUAAUAACAUAACUUUUGUUUCUGUCAUUUUCAUAUUAGAUAAUUUUGAUCUUUUUACACAACAUCAUCGUCAAACUCUUUUAUACAAUUUAUUUGAUAUAUCUCAAACUAAAAAGGCCCCUAUAGCUGUUAUUGGAUUAACGUGUUCAUUGGAUUCUGUAGAAUCUCUUGAGAAAAGAGUUAAAAGUAGAUUUAGUCAUAGGAUAAUUCAAAUUAAGCAUCCAGAUAAUCUUGAGCUAUUUACUAAAGUUUGUCAAUCUGGUUUAACUAUUGAUUACGAGUCUCCUCCCGAAUUAUCAUUAAAAGAAAAGGAAAUGGAACUUCGAUUUAUUAAGAGCUGGAAUAAACAGAUUAAUGAUUUGUUUCAAGAAGGGAAUGCAGUUUAUCAACUUGUAAAAAAGCUAUUCAUGACUUCUAAAGAUGUUAGAAUAUUUUAUUCACAUUGCAUUAUACCUAUUAUUUCAUUAUCAUCACCAUCAUUAUCAAAUUUACAAGAAAAAUUGUUUUUUUCUGAAAAUUUUUUUAAUUCAUACAACAAAAUCACUUAUUUGAAUGGAAUUUCACUAUUACAACUUUCAUUAUUAAUAUGUGCAGCAAGAAUUGAUACAAGAGACGUAGAUACUUUUAAUUUUAAUAUGGUAUAUAAAGAAUAUUAUGAACUUGUCACAAAGACUACAUCAUCAUCCACCCUCUCAGUUAUUAAAAACACUUCAAUAAGGCUUUGGGAAAGAGAUAUUCUUCUUGAUGCAUGGGAAAAAUUAUGUAAUUCUAAUUUUUUACAACCAUGCAACACUAAUUUAACUAACAUUGGUGGUUUGGAUCGUGAAUGUCGAAUGUAUCGUGUUGAAAUUAUAUUAAUGGAUCUUAUUUCUUAUAUAGAAAAAGUAAAAACAAUUCCAACUAUUUUAAAAAGAUGGUCUAAAGAUGUUGUUGCUUAA